AUGACGGAGGCGGUGGCAGUUCUGCGAGACCAGUCGGAAGGCUACAUCAACAUUUCUUUAAAGAAGGACUUCGAGCCCUUGGAGUUCACCGGCCGGAUUGGAGGUGGUUUGGUUCAGGACUUGCGCCGGCGUUUGCCCUUCUACGUCAGCGACUGGACCGAUGCCUUCAGGAUGGAGAACGCCAACAAGUCCGUGACGACGAUUGUGUAUCUUUUUGCAGCAGCCCUCGCUCCAGCCAUCACGUUUGGAAGCCAGUUUCGCGACGGUACGGGUGGCCAGUUCGGGGUGGCAGAGAUGAUUCUGUCGACUGCGAUCAGUGGCGUGAUAUGUGCAAUGUUUGCGGGCCAGCCUUUGGCGCUUGUGGGCCCGACGGGGCCUUUCCUGGCCUACACCCUGGUUUGCUACGACCUCUCCCUAGCCGUGGAUCUCGAGUUCUUGCCCUACUACUUCUGGGUUUGCAUGUGGUGCGGUUUGUUUACCAUCCUCGUGGCCAUCUUCGACCUUUGCGCCCUGAUGAAGCACAUCACCAUGUUCACGGAGGACAUCUUCGUUGGCCUCGUCAGUUUUGUCUUCAUCGUUGAUGGGGCCAAGCCGAUCAUCCUCAACUUCGUAGAGGAAAGGGUAAGCCUGGGCGCUGCGAUGUUCGAGAGUUUGCUUUUCAUGUACACCUUCGGCCUGGCGACCUAUCUCUCCCACUUUCGGCGCACGCACUGGCUGAACCGUCCCAUCCGGAACUUCUUGGCCAACUCUGCAGUGACUAUUGCCUUGGUCUCCGCAUCCUUACUGGCGGCCAUCUACGCAAACCUGGAUAUCCGCAUGCUGCCCAUGGAUGACGACUUCGCCCCAUCUCUGACAGUGGAGGGAGGAGGCAAGCGAAGCUGGAUCGUAAAUCCUGCUGGCAUCGACCGCCCAUUUCCCGCCUGGGGCGUGGCAUAUGCGAUUUUUCCGGCCCUGGGCUUCACAGUUCUGGGAUACCUUGACGAGAACCUCACGACACUCAUUCUGAACCGGCCGUCCAACAAUCUCAAAAAGCCCCCCGGUUACCACUUGGACAUUUUUGUCCGCGGCCUUCUGCUGAUGCCGGCCUGUGGUAUCCUCGGCUUGCCGAUGUCAGUUGCAUCGACUGUGCCCAGCAUCACACACCUGAUCUCCCUGACCACCUAUGAAGAGAGGCACCUUUCAGUCGGAGAUCGCAAGGUUCCGACAAAGGUGGUGGAGCAGCGCGCGACAAACUUCAUCAUUCAUGGGCUCCUCGGAUUCGCGCUGUUCAUGGCGCCGGUGCUCACACUUCUGCCCAAGGCAGUGCUGCAGGGCGUGUUCUUCUACAUGGGCAUCAGCUCGCUGACCGGAAAUAACAUGUUUGACCGCAUGUGCCUGUGGCUGGUCUGGGACACUUCCAAGUACCCGCCACGGUUCCACUUCCUCCAUGAGCUUCCAACGACGCGUGUGCAUCUCUACACACUCUUCCAGGUGAUCUGCCUGGGCAUCCUGUAUGCCCUCAAGACCAUCUCGGAGGUGGCGGUGGUCUUCCCCCUCUUUAUUGCGACCUUGGCGGUCAUCCGCAAGGCGCUGGGCAGCAUCUUCUCCGAAGCGGAACUUCAGCUCCUGGACCAAGAGCCCGUCGGGGAAGACGAGGCUUCUGGGGCCUUUCCAGGCAUCUUCUUGGCUUCCCGCUCCAAGCCUCUUUUUGUUGCCGCGCUCCUUCGCGCCUCUGUGGGACCUCCCGCGGACCCCGCGAGGAGGCCCGUGACCCAGAGUUCCUCGGACCCAGAGUUCCUCCGACCCAGAGAAGUGUUCGUGGCCGGAAAGCAGCCGGACUUGUUAGACUUGGGCCUCAGCCGCGAGGAGGAGGAGGAAGCGCAGGCGAAGAAGCUGGAGCAGGAAUUUGGCGCAGACGACUUCCUCCCGCGUAGCCUCAGCUGUGAGUGA